AUGGAAAAAUGUUUUACAUCGAAAAGGAUGGUCCUAGGUUUUGAAGCAUUAAUCCUAUAUAAAACACCAAAAUUCCAAAGAAUUAAAAAGUAUGUAAGAGAGAAAACUAGUUCCUUAAAAAAUGAGGAUAAUAAAAACAAAUUUAGAGAAGGAUGCCUAGCAUUGGCUGAAUAUCUAAUUAGGGAAAAGAAAACACCACCUAGUCAAAAUCCAAGUACAUGGGAAGGAACAUUAAAGGAAUGGAUAAAAUCUCAUUAUAAACCACUAGAUAAAUUUGGUGGAUGUUUUAUGAUUUUAGAUGAGGAAGAUAAACGAAUUUUAGAUUUAAAAUAUAAGUUAGAAGAUUUCUGCGAAGAAAAAAAACAAAAAAUGAAAGAAAUAAAAUGCCUUAAAGGGGGACGUACUACUUCAAAUAAUUGUAAUGAAACAUGCUUAAAUCAAAUUAGAGAAUAUAAUGCUUGGAUUAAUGAAAAAAAGUUAUUCUUUGAUGAAAAUAAUUCGUUUAUUAAAAAUAAAUGUAAAAAUGGAAUAUCUCUAUUUCAAAAAAAGAAUUGCAACAUACUAGAUACUAAAACAUUUAAUGAACUUCCUAUAUGCAAUGUAGAACCUCCAUCUGCAUCUACUCAAAGUGAAACUGAAGUAAUAAAAGAAAAUCCUCAAGAUAAUGAUCAAAAACGAGAUGAAUAUUCAUUUAAUUCCAAAGGUCUAACCGAAGCAGAAUCAAAAAUUCCCUUCGAAGAGAAUGCUGAAACUAUACAAAAGGUUGAACUUGAACUGGGAACUGCAUCUGAAAAGGAAAAUCAACCUGGACAGGAAAAUCAACUUAUAACACUAUCACACAGUGAAGUUUCAGAUGAAGAUGUUACCCUUAAAAAAACUCAUUUAAAAUUACCUUCCGCAGUUCCAACAUUAAAUGCAACAGAAAAUUCUUUAGUUGAAGAUCAAAUAUUAUCAGGUCCUAUUACAAUAUUUACUGAAAGUAAUCAAACGCAAGGACUACAAGUUCCUUCAACUAUUUCAUCUCCUGAUGUAUUAAGUGCUAGCUCAUCUCCUACAAUUUUUCAGUCUUCCGUAAAUCCAGGUCCAGUAGGAAAUUCACAUAACAAAUACAUAUCAUCUAUUUUAAUAAUUUCUCUAGUUAUUCUAGUAUUUUCCCUUUUUAUUAAGUACAUAUUAAUAGGGUUGUUUAAAAAAAAAGUAAAGGUAAAAAGAAGACACGUAAAAUUCCUACGAAUACUAUUACCUUCAUUUUCUGACAGAAAAAGUAAGAGUUUAUCACGUGAUCUUUUGGAACACUCUACAUUUGAUAAAGAAGAAAUCAUAAAAAAAAUAAAAAUACAUGAAAAUAGCAUUGAAAAAAAUGUAAAUGCGUUAUAUCAAAAAAAGGACAGGUCCCUAACUAUUAUAGAAGUGCAUAUGCAAGUAUUUGAAGAAUUCAAAAAUGAAGAAUGGGAAUAUCAAAAAUUAGAAUUUUUAGAAAUAUGUCUAGAUGAAUUCACAAAAGGGGAAUAUAUAACCAAACCUAAUUUAACAAAUGAUGAAAAGAUAAUCAAAAAUAUUAAAAAUAGCAGUAAUAUUAAAAGAAAACAAAUUUUAUGGAAUAAGUUGGUAGAAAGACAUAGAAACCUAACUAAAAAAUUUAAAGAAGAAGAAUGGUUUAAUAAUUUGAAAAAUGAAUGGAAAAGAGAACAAGCUUGUUUAAAAAAACUUGAAGAACCAAGAAAUUCCAUUUCAAAUGAAAUUCAAAAAGUUUCAUUCUUAGAAAAAGAAAAAGAUAUAUGGAGACAGUGGAUAUCAAUUAAUAGUAAGGUUAUAGAACAACAAUUGGAACAGUACUGUUUUAACGGAUUGACAGAAGAAAUUAUAAAUAUUUCAGAAACUUACCAGAAUGAAAUAUUACUAAUAGAUAAAGAAUUAGAGAAUAAAAAAAUCUAUGAAGAAUUGUAUAUAUGUAUAAAAAAGAAAGUACUAGCAAAACUGUGUGUACUUCUACUUAUGAUGGUUUUAGAAGACUGUAAAAAAGAGGAACAUAUAGAAAAUAAACAAUUACAUUUGGAUAGUUCCAUAAGUGAAUGUAUGACAGAAAAAAAUGCAGAUGAAAAACUAGAUAUUACAGAAAAAAUACGUCAAACAAAGAAUAUCCCUUUAGAAAGUAAUAAAAAUAAGGAAAUUGACGAUUGUAUAGGGGAAGACUGUUUCAGAAAGGAGAUAGAAGACUGGAUAAGAGAAGAUUGUAUAUAUGUAAAUUUUAUAGACAAUGACACCAUAAUAGAAAAAUCUAAUAAAAUAGCAGAAAAAUAUGCUUCAUAA